UAUUUAUUUAAAAUUAUAACGAAAAAAAUACUUUUUAUAAUCUAAAAAUGAUAAGUUUAGAAAGCCAAAUUGAUACAGAUGUAAAUAUUUAUUUUAUUAUAUCAAAUGAAUAUAAUUCUGAAAAUGAUUGUAAUGAAGAUAUGUGGCAUGCAUACAAUAAAUGUUGUGAACAUGAUUUACAACCAAUAUGGAUCAAUGAAACAAAAUGUGAUAAAAUGAAACCUAUUAAAAAUGAUGUUUUUGUAAUGGAAAAGUUUGAAGGUGAUAUAUUUCAUAAAUUAAAAACAUUUAAAUGUUCCAUAGUUGGUCCAAAAUGUUUAUUAAUUUGUUUUCUUAAUGGAGAACCAAUUCCAGAAGGAAAAAGUCCAGUCUAUACUACAGCUAUGAGAGGUCUUUGCAUAUGUGCUUCUGGUUUAUCUUCAGAAGAAAAAGAACAUAUAGAAAAAUUAGUAGAAUAUAUGGGAGGAAUUUUUACAAAACAAUUACGUAGUUGUGUAACACAUCUUAUAACAGCAUCUGUUAUGUCUGCUAAAUAUGAGACUGCAAUAGAUAUGAAAAUACCAAUUGUUACAAAAGAAUGGGUUGAAUCUAUUUGGGAAACAAAUUUAAACAAUUUUGUUAAAGCAGAUAGUAAUAUAUUUGAUAAAUAUAAAGCUUCUGUAUUUCUUAAUUUAGUUGUUACUUCAACAAAUCUUCCAAAACGCCAAAAGGAAGAAAUAAGACAUUUAAUUAAUGAUAAUGGAGGAACAUUUAUGGGUCCUUUAGAUGGUGCAAAAGUUAAAGUUGUACUUGCUCCAGAAAAUAGCCCAAUGAGUGAAAAGCUCAAAUAUGCAAAACAAGCAAAUAUUGCUUGUUUAAUACCAGAUUGGGUUUAUAAAAGUAUAAAAGUUGGCUAUGCUUUACCUUUCAAAGAUUAUUUAAUUAAGUCAUUAAAAGCAUGUUCUACUCCAGAAAAAUCAAAUGUAUAUGAAAGUCUUAAUUGUUCUGCAAUAAGUUCCAUAACAUGCGAUGUACAACAAGGCAAUUAUGUUGAUGAAAGUUCAAUAACAACAAUGAGCAAUGUUUCUUCUUUAGACAAUUUAUAUAACAGUGUUUCUUCUGCUUCUAUAUUUGCAGUUUUGGAUAGACUUACAUUUAAUGAAGCAAAAUCGGCUGGUCCGUUUUUAGAUGGCUGCAAUAUUUACCUUACUGGAUUCCCUUCUAACCAAAGAGAUAAACUUAACAAAAUAUUAAAUGUAGGUAGUGCAACGCGCCUUGAUGAUAUAUCUGAUGCUCUAACACAUGUCAUUGUUGGAGAUGAAAAUAAAGCAGCAAAUGAAUUAAAAUUAAUGGCUUCAAAAGGAUUAUGUCCAUAUAUAUUAACAUUGGAAUGGUUAGAAGAAAGUAUUAAACUUAAACGACCUGCACCUGAAGAAAAUUUUUUAUGUGGAGAAAGAAGUAUUGCAAUUCAAAAAAUUACUGAACCUCCAUCUCCUUUAAGUAAAAAGAACUUACAAAUGUUACAAAAACCAAAAAAAGUGUCCAUACCAUCUUUUAAUAUAGAUGAAAAAUUGGUUAUGUUAGAAAAAGAAAAAGAAUCAUCUGAUCUUCUUCAACAAUAUCUUCAAGAUACAGUUGUUGAAACAAAUAAUAAAACAAUGCAAGAAUUUUUAAAACCACAUACUGUAUUGGGAGAAAAUAAUGAUAUGACUUUGAUUGAUAAUCAAAAAAAUCAAGGAAAGCAUUUAAAAGAAUCUAUAACAACUUCAACAGAACAAAAUAAAUAUUCAGCAGAUGAUAGUGCAGUACCAUUUAGUCAAACUUCUACUUUAAAUGAUAGAUUAUUUGAAGGCCUGACAUUUGUUGUAAUUGGCUUCAGCGACGAAGAUAGUUUUGUAGCUGAAACUAUAGCAGCAAUGAAUGGAAAAGUAGUUUCUAGUACAUUUGCUGGUAUUCCAGACUAUGGUGUUGUACCAAAAUGUGGUGCACCUUUAAAACAUACAGUAAAUGAAAUUGUUACAGAUUUAUUUAUUGAGGAUUGCAUAAAUCAAGAACAAAUAGUCGAAAUUAAGUAUUAUCAUAGACCUCUAUCUGUAAAAAAAUAUUCGAAUCCAUUAUCAGGUUGUGUUAUUACAAUGAGUACAUACAUUGGAGUAGAAAGAACAUAUCUUGCAACAUUAGCUACAGAAUUGGGUGCCAUGUGUCAAGAUAUUUUUGUUCGCAAAACUAAUGUCGAAAAAAAUAUAUAUCGAAGUACACAUUUAGUUUGUCCAACACCUGAAGGAAACAAAUAUAAUGCUGCAGUAAAAUGGAAAUUACCAGCUGUUACUGCAGAUUGGUUAAAAUCUUGUGCAGUUCAAUCAAAAUGGGUUGAUGAAACAGCAUUUCUUGUAGGAGAAACCAUAGCUCCUGAAAAACCAAAUGGAACUAAUAAUGUGAACGUAACUUCAAAUAAAACUAAUUCAAAUGAAAUGGGUCCUCCAGUUGAACCAAUAGUUAGAAAUAUUAUAACUCCAAAACGUCAUCUAUCAAAUUUACAAAGUCAAGAUGGCAAUUCCGGUGAUACACCAUUAAUUAAUAAAAGACUUAGUUUACUCAUGAAUAAAACUCCUCAAUCACCAUUUCAUGUAUCUACACCUGAAACACCAUAUGGUCAAGUAUUUAAACCUAAUCCUUCACCUGAUACAAGAAAAGGUUGGGUGAAAUGGGUUGAUAAUUUUCCAGAUUUAAGAGUAGAAGAACCUCCUUUAAAAAAAAGAGCACUUAGUACUCCUCUUUCAGAGCUUAAAAAACAAUUGUGGCAAAAAUUAAAACAACAAAAUCAUGAUUUAGAGAAUAAUGAUGAAAGCUCUAUCACUAAUGAUGAUGAAAAAUUAGAUAAAAUACCAGAAUUAAUAAAAGAUGAUUGCAAAACAAUUACUACAUCUAUUAAUAGGAAAUUAGAAUUCACCGAUGAAAACAAUCCAUUACCAAAUAAUGAAAUUAAUAUGCAAAUUGCACAACUAGAUCAAGUACUUCAAAGAACAUCAAGUACUCCUGAAAAUAGAUAUUCUCUUUCUGGAGAAAAUGCAAACACAUACAAUGUUGAACCUGCUGAUCCUAUACAAAAAUUUAUUGCAAAAGAUUCUCAACCUGUCGAUGCUAUUGUGUGGGAAGAUCCCAGUAAUUCAAAACGAUUGACAACGCAUGAAGAGCAAAAUGAAAGUAUUGCACAUGAAGAAUAUAAUAUAAGACAUCAUGAAGAAGAGUCAUCAGAAGAAGAAAUUGAACCUCCAAGAAAAUUAAAAUUCAUGUUAUCAGGCAUAAAGGAUAAAAUAACAUACGAACAAGUAAUAAGAAAUCUCGGUGGUGAUGUAUCAUCAGAUGCUAUUUUUGAUAUAAAUGCGACGCACUUGCUUUGUAUUAGACCUUCAAGAAAUGAAAAAAUGCUUGGAAGUAUAGCAUCUGGAAAAUGGGUUUUACAUUGUAUGUAUUUACGAGAUUCCGAACAAGAAGGAAAAUUUCUUGACGAAGAAAAAUAUGAAUGGGGAAAUCCAAAAAGUAAGGGCAUUAUACCAGAUCCUACUGGCGAAAUUGAAGAAACAAUUGCAGCAGCUGCAUAUAAAUGGAGGCUUAAAUUAUUAAAGGAACCAAAGGGGCCAUUUCAUAAUAUGACUGCUUUGCUAUUGGCUUCUGGAGAUAAAUACGAUCAAUUUAAAAGAUUAAUUGAAGCUGGAGAUGGUAAAGUUGUUCAAGCAAGACCACCAUAUGAUACAAGUCCAACUGGAAAAAAAAUCACUCAUUGUUUUGUUAACAUUAGACAAGUUAAUCAACCUAUUGAUUGGGCAAUGCUAGCUAGUAAAGGUAUUCUUUGCUUUAUGCCGCAAUAUUUGAGUGAUUAUCUUACUUCACAAAUUCCAUUAAAUCCACGAGAAUGUGUAAUUCCAGAAUUUAAAAAGUAUUUAACAUUGUUACCGAAAUAAAGUACUAGUAAAUAAUGUCUUUAAACGACUUUUUGUAUAAUAGUAUUAUCAAAUGUAUAUCUGUACAUAGAAAAAAAUACAUUUGUCAUAUUUUAUUUAAUUA